GCUAACCAAAAAUCCCUCCAGUUGAUAACAUACGCAGAACGCACAGACCAUGGAAGUAUUCUUACCUCCCAGGCACAGCCAUGCAGCAAUGUAUGUCUGUGGCAGCACGCAAUGCCAACUCCAGAGAUAUUUCUACUCAUCCUUGUAGUGUUUGUGUUUAUGUAGAGGAAAUGUGCAUGCAUUGCAUAGUUGUUGAACAUGAAGGUGAAACGACUUGAUGUCCCAGCUCUACGAAAACUGCUUGCGGCCGAAAACAAAGUCGUAAUAGAUUUAUGGAAAUGCCUGCCUAUUCCGGGACAGUACGUACAAGAAUAUGAAGGUACAGAGAGGCCCACGGCUGCCCAUCCUAAGAAAAAGAUGAAAUUUGCUACGUUUGGUGAACAAACAACACGUGCAAGAAGUUUGCAAGAACUCCAUGAGAAACUGGAUAGCCUGAAAGGCAAACGCCUUGUGUACAAGGACAAACUCAUUAAGAAGGGAUUGAAGAAUAGACUCAACAAGAAAAGAAAGAAAGAAGAGAAUACCCUCAAGAAGAAGUUGUUAAAGAGGAACUUGAACAAAGCUGCCCUUAAGAAUGAAGUGGGGAGUACAUCAAAGCCAGUAAAACAAAUAUAUAAUGAAGAAGGAAAGCUUGUUUUUAAUAAAUUUGAUUUCUCAGAGUCUGCAUCAGCACCUGCCGCAGUUUCUAAGAAGGCUAAAGAGCCAAAAGACCCAAGGAAAAUACUACAAAAACUAGAGAAACAGAAUGAGAAGCUUAAACAUUUGGAAUCAGAAGGUGAGACUGAAAAGGCAAAAAUUAUAAAAGAAAGGACAGCUUGGAAAACAGCCCUGCAAAAAGCUGAAGGAGUCAAGGUCAAAGAUGAUCCAAACUUACUCAAAAAGUCAGUGCGUAAAGAACUUGAGAAAAAACGCAAGAGCAAAAAGAAGUGGGAUACAAGAAAUGAGAAAAUGAAACAGCAACAGCUAGAAAAACAGAAUAAGAGAAUGGAAAAUAUCCAAGCAAGGAAGAAACAAAACAAACUUACAAAACUCAAAAAAGCUGCAAAGAAAGGAAGAAUUAUUCCAGGAUUUUGAAAGUUAUCUGUACUGGUAAAUUGUUUCUGUAUUGUUGUUAUCAGAUAUGUGUGACAAGGUUUGUGACAAUAAGUUUUGUACAUUUUCACAGAGAUUAUCACAAUGAGUACAAUCCAAAGGUAGUGAUAGCUCGGUGUUGCGCAGGUAAUUGAAGUCUGUAGACUCUAACUUUUUUAUCUUUUUUGCUAUUUUUAUGUGAUACAAAAUUGUGGAAAAGUAUUUAAAGCUGUUGACUUAAGAUGUAUCUAAGUUAUUUUGUAAAACAUAUAAGUUGGUAGUACAUUUUUUAGAAUAUGCAGUACAACAUCCCAAAAAGUUUUACAUGUUCAUGAUUUAGUUUGUUUUUCUUGAAUGAUUAUCACAACAUUUUUUAUAAACAUAACAUUUUUUGUAAUGAUUGAAAAAUAUAUGUUUGGUACAGUAUGAAAUGAAAAAAUAAAAUUUGUAAUCAGCUUGAGA